AUGGAUUCUAAAUAUAAUAUAGCGCAUAGUAGCAAAUCAACGGUAACAAAGUUCCAGAUUAAAUCAAAACCUAUCCCCAUUUUAUUUAGUGGUAAAAAUGGGCCGCCGUCGCCUAAAAAGGUUAAAUUAAACGGAGAUGACAAGAAAAAAAUUACUUUUUCAUCCAAGAUUCUACAACCGAAGAUAAGUAUUCAAGAACAAAGAAGAAAACUGCCUGUGUUUCAACAGAGAAACAAACUUUUGGACAUAAUUAAACGACAUAAAACCUUAAUUAUAUUAGGAGAGACUGGAAGUGGGAAAACAACGCAAAUACCUCAAUACAUUUACUCUGCAAGACUGCAAGAAAAUGGGAAAAUUGGCAUCACACAGCCUCGCAGAGUUGCGGCAAUUAGUGUAGCAAUGAGAGUGGCUCAGGAACAUGGAAAUGGGAUGGAGGUGGGAGACUUGGUGGGUUAUACAGUGAGAUUUGAAGAUGUUACUUCAUCAAAAACUAAAAUCAAAUAUUUGACUGAUGGUAUGAUGUUAAGAGAAGCAAUGUUUGAUAAACUGUUAAUGGAGUACACUGUGAUCAUAUUGGAUGAAGCCCAUGAAAGAACUAUACACACUGAUGUGUUAUUUGGAAUUGUUAAAAGGGCCCAAAAAAUUCGAAUAGAAAAGAAAGUUACCCCAUUAAAGAUAAUAAUAAUGUCAGCUACAAUGGAUGUGGACCAUUUUUCCAAAUACUUUAACGACUGCCAAGCUGUUUAUUUAGAAGGACGAACCUACCCUGUAAAUAUUUUUUAUACACUCAAACCCCAUGACGAUUAUCAAUUAGCCUGUGUAAAUGCAUUUUUUAAAAUACACAAAGAAGCACCACCUGAUCAUGAUGUUCUAAUAUUUUUAACUGGUCAAGAAGAAAUUGAAUCCGUAGCCCAUCAAAUAAGAACCUUGGCUAAAGAACCUGACGUUGAAGGUCCUAUGGUCAGGGUGUUUUCUUUAUAUGCAGCUCAACCUAGUAACCAACAAAUGGCAGUGUUUCAAACCACACCCACGAAUACUAGGAAAGUCAUUAUUAGUACCAACAUUGCAGAAACUAGUGUCACUAUAGCAGGGAUCAAGUAUGUUAUAGAUGGAGGCAUGGUAAAAGCAAGGACUUUUCAUCCUUCAACCGGACUGGAACUGCUGAAAAUCCAAAGGAUAUCGCAAGAGCAGUCCUGGCAAAGAGCGGGAAGAGCCGGCAGAGACUCGGAGGGAUCGUGUUACAGAAUAUACACGAGAUCGCAAUUCGAAGCGAUGCAAAAGUCGACGGUUCCCGAGAUACAGCGCGCGAACCUGAACUCGGUCGCCAUCCAGCUGCUGGCCAUGGGCGUGCACGCCUUGACCUUCGAUUUCAUGGACAAACCGCCGAAAGAGGCGGUGGUGGCAGCCUUCGAGCAAUUAAAAAUGCUCGGCGCGGUGGAGUCGCUGAACGCGGCGCACCUCACGCCGCUGGGCACGAAGAUGUCGAAGUUCCCGCUGGACCCGCGCUUCAGCAAGGUGCUGCUCAGCGCGCACCAGUUUUCAUGCGUAGAAGAGUCGCUCACGGUGAUCGCUCUUCUAAGUGCCGAAUCUAUUCUCAUCAGUCCGCCGAACAAGCGGGAGCUCGCGCAGAAAGUAAGGCAAAAAUUCACCUCCGGUUACGGCGACCACAUAACUCUGUUAAAUAUAUACAGGGAGUUUAACAGUAUCGGGCAGAAUAGCAGGAGGAAUUGGUGCCACGAGCACUACAUUAAUUUGAGGAAUAUUUUGCACGCUAGGGAGAUUAGGAAUCAGCUGGAGGAAAUCUGUAGGAGCUCCGACAUACCCAACUCUUCCUGCGGAAGUAACAUGGAUCAAUUGAGGAAAGCUCUUAUCACGGGGCUAUUUAUGAAUGUGGCAGAGCUGCACAGGGACAGGCAGUAUAUUACAUUGGAUAAAAAACAAACCGUUUUUAUCCAUCCCAGUUCCUCAUUGCAUGGACAACAACCGGGUCUAAUUUUGUUUACCGAAGUAGUUCAAACGAGUAAGUGUUACUUACGUGGUUUGACGACAAUAGAAAGUGAAUGGUUGCAAGAUAUAGCGCCGGAGUAUAUCAGAACACAUAAUAUAAAAUGUACAAAAGAAAGUUGA